GUCCUUUCGCAGCGGCCAACGGUACUGGAUGUGCCGCUAGCUGCUCCGCACCAAAUAAACAGAAACGCGAGGAAACUCACCGUGCAGUGUUAUGAUGCAAAGUGUUUAUCCAUUUUGGACGGGGUGAUAUAUUUGUUUUCAAACUGAACUCGUGACGGACUGAAGGAUCCAGUGCAGUGUUGAUUGACUACUAAAGAUGCCGAAGAUUUUCCUAAUAAAGAAACGGUUGCACGAGCAGCAACUCGGCUUGCAGGAGGGUCAGGAGUUGCUCGGCAAGGGUGACCCUCUGUGCCCUGGCUCUCCUCUCGACGACGGGCCAAUACCGCUCCUCUCCAAAAAGGACAAGGAAUGCGUCGAUCGCGAUGUCUUUGGUGAGAAUAACGGAGCACACAACUCACAAGAACGACGAAAUAAAGAACCCAGAAGAUUCAUUUCAUCGAUUCUUGGUGGUGAAAUACCUUAUGGCAGCCACCGAGGGCAUGUUCUUACCCAAGCUGAAAGAAAACAGUAUUUACCUGUUGUUGCUGAAGACAAAAAGACUGAAGAUAAACCACUAAUAAAAGAAGAAAAAGAUAUAUUAGAGAACGAGCCAGUAGUCCUACCAUCUAGAAACUCACCAUCCCCAGAAUCAGCUCCUUCACCUGGAAUUGAUAACAGUGUAACUUGUCAAAAAGUGUCUGUGAUACAAAGAACUCCUUCACAGUCACAAUUUCGAGACGGUAAAAAAGAACUAUCUGAUGUAACUAUUCCAGCAACAUUACCGACAUCAGAACCAGAACAAGACCAGCCUAUUGACUACGCAAUUGCAAAGAAAAGAGGUGAAUCUGAAGAUGAAGAGACAGAGAAAAAGAUAAGAGAACAGAGACGUACAAGCAGCUCUAAAAUUGCUAAUGGAAUUUUAGCAAGGCCUUUAUUAGUACUCAGAAAUCGUCCUGGUAAUAAGAUUCCUGGCAUUUUAAGUGCUGCAGCUGGUCAUGGAAGAUCCACUGGUAGUAAUGGAUCAAAUGGAAAUUCACAAAGCAGUGGUGGCUCUGGUAAUUUUAGCUCAGGUACUGGAAGUGCUGCUCCAUCGUCUGGUGGAGGUGGAGCCCUUGGAGGUGGAUCAGGUAGUGGCGGUAAUGGCCGCGAUGGACGAUCAAACUAUGGCCCUAACAGUCCUCCAACUGGUAGUCUUCCACCUUUUUACGAAACCUUAGGCCCCUCGACUAAAAGUGGACAAAACACAUUUAAUGCCAAUGGUAAUUUUACAAAUGAAUUCAAUAUUAUUAAUGGUUUUAACAUGGAUUGUGAGAACAAUGAAAAUACAAAUACCAACUUUCCUGAACAAAGUAAACAAUAUUCUUUAAUGCAAAAUGCACAUUACGGUUUAGCUCUUAAAGAUGAAGAGAUUGAUUAUGAAAAUAAAUUAGAAAACUUAAGCGCUAUUGGAUAUGGCAGUAACUUUGACGAUUCAAUGGUUGUAGAUAUGGGAGAAGAUGUAAUAGAUAAUAAUCAAUUUUAUACAACUUUAACAUUUCCACCAAAUGAAGGAAUAUUAGGAAACCUAUCAGACUCUACAGAGGACUUUGCUAGUUUCUUAAAUAAUCAAGUGGAAUCAAUAACCGAUUCUGAAUUGCGAGAAUCUUCAUCAAUUACACCAGACUCUGUACACAACUCAGUUGAUAUAGAAUCGUUGGCAGAGCAAGUAAAUUUAAGCAGACAGUAUUAUGAAAAAGCUAACUACAUCGCAUUUGCAAGCCAAGAACAAGGUUCAACUUACAAUUUUGCAAAAGAACGACCUGAUUUAUUGAUGCAACUUAACCCGGCGCUUCUCCAAAACGAAGGUCAAAUGCAGCAAUUACAAAUUCAUGUUCAACUACAACAAAGACAGCAAAUAUUGUCACCGGGAUUUCCAUUCACUAACUCUUCCCUGGACCUGGACUCCCCGACAGGAGUUUCUCUACCGUCUCCGGGUGGCAACAAUUCUCUGGAUGGCAGUCACAUAGAAAAUUCUGCUCUCAGCCCUGCUGCCGCUGUAAGUGUCAAGAAAGCCUCUAUCGGUGAUAGCAAAAUGCAAAUCUUGCAACAAAGGUUGGGUCUUCCAGCAGAACUUCCCUUGGAAUUCAUCAACGGUGGACAUGGAGUGAAAAACCCUUUAGCUACCGAAGCCAAUGCUAGACAAAGAGAAGAAGAAAAAAAUAAGCAAGUGUUAGUAAGCGAAGAUGACCCGACGAAAUUUGUGUGCAGAAUUUGCACGAAAAACUUCAGCCUGCAAAGACUGCUGAAUAGACAUAUGAAAUGCCACUCUGACGUCAAACGAUACUUGUGCACCUUCUGUGGCAAAGGUUUUAACGACACCUUUGACCUCAAAAGACAUACAAGAACACAUACAGGCGUACGGCCUUAUAAAUGUAACUUGUGCGAAAAAUCCUUUACCCAAAGAUGCUCCUUAGAAUCACACUGUUUGAAAGUUCACGGAGUACAGCACACCUACGCUUAUAAGGAGAGGAGGACUAAGAUGUAUGUAUGCGAAGAAUGCGGUCACACAACAUCGGAACCUGAAGAACACUACAUGCAUCUCAAAAAACAGCAUCCUUACUCACCUGCGCUACUGAAGUUCUACGACAAGAGACAUUUUAAAUUUACAAAUGCAACUUUCGCUAAUCAACUUCUAGGGCAACUGCCCAUGCCAGUUCAUAAUUAAGGGUCCAGAAAUGUAAUCCAAUUUUGUACUACUUUUGAUACGUACUUACUAAUUUAUUACUACAUUUAAACGUUUGGUACAAAAUUGGAAUAAGAAGUACGAAUUUAUUCCGUCCGUUUUUAAGGAAUCAGUUUAAUUUAGUAGAACUAAAAACCCCAGUGCGUACGCAAUCUUUAUGAAUGCGAUACACUGGAAAAACUCGGUUUUACACUGUCUUCCAAACUAAAUAUGGGUAUAACACAUUUUGAAACUGAAUAUUUUGCGAUUUAGUUUCAAAUGAGGAACGAUAUCAACUUCUAGUUCCAUUUCAAAAUACCUUCAUUUUUUAACAGUCAAAGGAAAUCCCUUAAGCUUUAUUAAAAGGCGUGACUGCAAUUAAAAAAUCAAAGUAUCGGGUAUUAUGUGCAAUCUUUGGUGAUGGUACGGGAUUAUUAUUAAGUUUAGUAAUAGUGUAAAUCUUAACAAUUAGUUUUAGUACAUUUCUAAUGUUAUUGAAAUUAUAUAGCGUGUUUCAUUUCAAUUCAGCGGUUACAUCGGAUUAUUAUAUUAGAUGGUGCUAAAUGCGAGUAUUACGAAUGUCGUUGACUUGAAGCGAAGCGAUUAUGAUUCGGAUGACACUCUUUGUCCAAAUCAUAAAACAACGUCAAUGUCAAUAAGGCCUUGAUGGUAACUCCAGGAUAAGGAAUCUCUUUUCCUCGUUUAGUGAUAUUAGUUUCUAAUCGUCUCACAAAAUAUUAACACAAAUAUAAUGUCACAAGUAUUGUGUUAUGUAUGUACUUAAUGUUAUGUUUGUUCUUUGUUGGUACUUAUUAAUGUAACGAAAUUAUAAAAUCUUGUACGUGAGAACACACGUUGUCCUCACGAUAAGUCGUACCAAGUUAAAAUGCAUUUCUAGAUUUAUUUAUAUUAUUUAAAUUAUAGAUUCGACCUGAAACAAUCUAUACUGUGAGUGUGUAUGAGAAUUAUCUUAUUGUGUAAUUAAGUUAUUAAAUGUGUUGACUGUUAAUGAAACAUCGAGAUAAAUAUUGUAAAUCAAAAUAUUUGGUAGUGAAUGUUGAAUCUAAUAUUAUUGUGCUCAAUUUUUGGUACAUUUGCGCUUUCACAGCGAAGCUUGUGGAUAUGAAAAUUGUAAAUAUGUCUAAAUUUAGUGUGUAGUAGUAAAAAUUUAAAAUAAUUCUAUCUAAAUAUUUUAGUAGUACCUAAUUAGUGUUUAUGAGAUUUUUAAAAAAAGAUAAAAUUGUUAUAGUAUUUUGUACGAUUUGGUAAGUUUUGAUAGAUCUGAACACAUAAUUAAUAUAUUGGCUUAUCAUCAUGGUUUUGUCCCACUAUAUUAAUGUGAUAGCGCAAUGCCUUGAUUUCACCUACUUCUUUUGCAUUUAUUAGCAUUUUGAACCCAUUUUCAAGUUGUUGUUUCGUAUUUUUUGGAAACGCUCUUGUUAUUCAGUACUGAUAAGCAAUAUAUCAAGAUUAAAACAUU